AUGCAUUAUUUUAAAAAGAAAAAAAAUGAUUCCACUAAUAAAAGGAAUGCUUUUAUAAAGAAUAGCAAGAAUACUAAAAAAAGUGUUUCGAUAAUAAAUGAAGAUAUUUUUAGUGAAGAAAAUGAAUUAGAAAAAGAAUAUCAGAAUAAAUAUUUAAAAAAAGAUAAGUUCAAUUCAAAAGAUAUAUUAAAUGAAAGCACAAAUUCCUUUUUAUCUGGUGAUAAUCAAAAAGAAAAAAAAAUAAUCUCAAAUGGAAGAAACAUAAACUUAAAAAAUGAAUCAAAUAGUAAUGCUUUAGAUAUUGAAGUAAGCAACUAUCUUAAUAAUUCUAGAAAUAAUUAUAGUAUAGAAAGUUACAAGGAAAAUAUGAUAAAUAAUAAUUCUAAGAUUAUGAAAUUUUCUAAUACUUCAAUAAAAAAAGAUGUAGAAAUAUUACAUGGAGAAAGUAACAAUCAUAGUCUUAACAGAAACAAUAAGGAAUCAUAUUAUAAUAAUAGCAAUUGUAAACAAAGUGAAAAAAAUAAUUUAAAAAAUUAUUUUAUAGAUAAAAAUAAUUCAAAAGAUAGAAUUUCUUCAGGAAAUGAAAACAGCAAUAUAUAUGAGUGCAAAAACUCAGAAAAAAAAAAUACUUUUAAUUCAUAUAGUAAUAAUAAAAUAAAUAAUAAUCAAAAUUCUUUAAUUUCUAAUAAUCUUAAAGUUGAAGAUGGAUUAAAAAGUGAUAUGUCAAACUCAAAGGAAAAAAUAAAUGAAAAUAUGUCUGAAAAGAAAAAUUUUAAUGUUGUAAAUAGCUAUGAUGACAAUAGAUAUGAUGAUAAAAAAAAAAAUUAUUAUAAUAGAAAUUUCGAUACAAAAAGAUCUUAUGAGAAUGAAGAAAAUAUUUUUGAUAAAAAUAAUUCAUUAAAUAUAGAUUCUGAAUCCAAAAAACACAUUAAAUACACUACUUCUCAUAAUAAAAACAAAGAAAAUGAUAGCAAUUUAAAUUUGAUGUAUGUCAAAGAAUCACUGCAAUCAAAUUAUAAAAUACAAAAAAGUAUGAACAAUAAUAUAGAGGAUGAUGGCAAAAAAUAUUUAAAAGAGAUUAUAAAUAAAAAUGAAGAAAGUUAUAAAGAAUAUGGUUAUAAAAAUAUUAACCCUUUAGAAAUAAAUAAAAACUUAAGCAAUAAUAAUUAUAUAGAAAAAAAUACAAUAAAUGAAUUGAAAAAAAAUAAUAAUAAAACUACAAUGGAUAAAAUAGAAGAAAGGAUGAAUUCUUUAAACUUUUCUAUUUAUUCUGAUACUAAUGGAGAGAAUUUGAAUAGUUUACAUAUAUGUAAUAAUGAAAAUAUACUAAAUACUAACAAUGAUAAUUGUGAAGAUAAGCCAGAUACAAAUAAUAAUGUCAAUGAAAAUUCCAUAAUAAAAACUUUUUCAUCUUUAAAAAACUUAGAAAUUAAAGGUAACUUAAAAAAAAGUAAUAAUAAAAUAAAAUAUAAACAAGAAAAUGAAAAUUUAAGAGAAAAUAAUUUCACUUUAAAUAAUGAAAAUUUGUAUAUACAAUUAAUGGAAUCAAGAAAUAACAAUAUAAAUUCCAACAGUAGCUAUUUAGAGACAAAAAAUGAGUUAAAAGAAUCAAUAAAUCAAAUAAAAUCAGAUGAGAAAAUAAUAAAAUUAAAAAAUAGUCAAAUAAAAGAGAAAAAUAGCCAAAUAGAAUUAAGAGAACAAAUAUGUUCAGUAAAAGACAACGUAUUACCAAGAAUUAGUUCAGUAGAAUCACGUAAUUCCUUGAUGAAAGUAGACGAUAAUUUAAUAGAGUCACAUAAUACCUUAUUAAACUCAAAAACCAAACAGAUAAAUACAAAAAAUGAUCUAAAAUACUCAAAAAGUCAUAUGAAUUCAAAAAAUAGUCAUAUAGAAACAGAAAAUAACUUACGUGAGUCAAACAUUAAGCAAACUCAAUCAGAUAAAAAUUUAGUAGAAUCAAAAAGCAGUCAAAUAGAACAAAAAGAAAAUAAGAUUGGAUCAAAUAAAAGAUUAAUAGAAUCACUUAAUAAUUGCAUAUCAGAGAAAAAUAGCCCAAAAGAAUCAAGAAACAACUUAAAUGAGUCAAACAGUAGACAUUUUCAAUCGGAUAUAGAUUCAUUAAAAUCAAGAAAUAAUUUAUUAGAAUCAGAAUAUAAUCAGAGUGAAGCAAAUAACAAUUUAAUAGAAUCAAGAAAUAAUUUAGAUGAGUUUAAUAGACAGAUUCAAUCAAAAAUAAAUUCAAUAGAAUCAAAAAAUAGUCAUAUAAGAUCAAGAAAUAAUUUAUUAGAAUCUGAAAAUAGUGAGAUACAAUUCAAUAACAACUUAAUAGAAUCAAGAAAUAUUUUAUUAGAAUCUGAAAAUAAUGGAAUAGAAUUAAUUAACAAUUUAAUAGAGUCAGAAAACAUUUUAGAGGAGUCAAAUAAUAGACAAAUGCAAUCGAAAAUAAAUUCAAUAGGAUCAAGAAAUAAUAAUAUACAAACAAAAAAAAAUAGCCAUAUAGAAUCAAAAAAUAGUCAUAUUAGAUCAAAAAAUAAUUUAGUGGAAUCUCAAAUUAGUGAAAUAGAAUUCAAUAACAAUUUAAUAGAAUCAGGAAAUAAUUUAGAAGAAUCAAUGAAUAGAAAAAUGCGGUCAGAUGUAAAUUUAGUAGAUUCAGGAAACAAUUAUGUAAAACUGAAAAACAAUCAGAUAGAAUCAAAGAGAAGUUUAAUAAAAUCAAAAAAUAGUCAUAUUAGAUCAAGAAAUAAUUUAUUGGAAUCUCAAAUUAGUGAAAUAGAAUGCAAUAACAAUUUAAUAGAAUCCGGAAAUAAUUUAGAAGAGCAAAAUAAUAGACAAAUGCAAUCGAAAAUAAAUUCAAUUGGAUCAAGAAAUAAUAAUAUACAAACAAAAAAAAAUAGCCAUAUAGAAUCAAAAAAUAGUCAUAUUAGAUCAAGAAAUAAUUUAUUGGAAUCUCAAAUUAGUGAAAUAGAAUUCAAUAACAAUUUAAUAGAAUCAGGAAAUAACUUAGAAGAGUCAAUGAAUAAAAAAAUUCGGUCAGAUGUAAAUUUAGUAGAUUCAGGAAACACUUAUGUAAAACUGAAAAACAAUCAGAUAGAAUCAAAGAGGAGUUUAAUAAAAUCAAAAAAUAGUCAUAUAAUAUCAAGAAAUAAUUUAUCAGAAUCUGAAAAUGGCAAUAUAGAAUCAAAUAUGAACAUAAUGGAUUCAAGAAAUAAUUUAGAAGAAUCAUGCAAUAACAGAAUGCAAUUAAAAAACAUUUCAUUAAAAUCAAGAAAUAGUAAGGUAGAAACAAAUAGAAACUUAAUAGAGUCAAGAAAUAGACAAAUGCAACCAAAUAUAAAUUUAGUAAAAUCAAGAAAAAAUUCCAUAAUAUCAAAAAAUAGUGACAUAAUAUCAAGAAAUAUUUUAUCAAAAUUAGAAUAUAGUCAAAUAGAAUCAAAUGAAAACAUAGAAGAGUUAAGAAAUAAUCCAAUAAAUGCAUUCAACAAUUCAAUAAAACCAAAAUAUAAUACUAUAGAGCCAGAAAAUAAUAUAGGAGAAUCACAGAAUAGCAGAAUACAAUCAAGUAUUAAUUCUACCAGAUCAAAUAGUCAAGAAAAGUUAAAAGUCAGUCAUAUCGAAUCAAGCGAUUUGAUACAAUCAAAAGAUAGUUAUAUCACAUCAAGAAAUAGUCAAUUUAAUUCUACUCAAAGAUUAGUAAAAACAAAAGAUAAUAUUAUGGAGUCUAUGAGCCAAAUAAAACUUAGAGAUAAUAUUAUAGGAUCAAAAAUAAGUUAUAUGCAAUCAAAAAAUAGUCAGGAAAUAUCAAUGAAUAAUUUUGUAGAAUCAUCAAAUAGUCAUAUGAAAUCAGAAAAAAGUCUAAUAAAUCAAAAAAAUAGUGCACUAGGAUCAGGAAAAAAUGAAAGAAAAUUAAUAGACAAUUUAACAGAAUCAGAAUACAAUAUAAUUGAAUUAAAUGAUAAUAUAAUCGAAUCAAACAAUGAUUUAACAAAUUUAAAAAAUAACAAUGAUGAAAUUAAGAACAUUUUAGAUGAAUCAUAUAAAAGCAUAAUUAAAUCAGAAGAUAAUUUAACAGAAUCUCAAUAUGCUAUAAUGAAUACAGAAAUAGUACAAAGUAAACCUAAAUAUAAGGAGAGAGAAUCAAGAAGAAAUUUCAAAAAUUCGACGAAUAGACAAUUGAGUCAAGAAAAUAAUUUAUUGAGUUCAAAUAGUAAUUUAAGUAUCCAAAAAAAUAGUUACAUAGAAUUAAGGGAUAAUUAUACAGAAUUAAAUAAGCAAUUCAAUUCAAAAAAUUGUCAAUUUAAAACUGAUUUAAUAGAAUCAAGUAAUAGUUUAAUUAAUUCAAAAAACAAAAAGAUGAAAUCAAAUAAUAAUUUAGCAUAUUCAAAGAGUAAUGAUAUAGAAUCAAAAAAUAAUUUUAAUGAAUCAGCAAAUAGUCUUAAAAAUUCAGAAACUUAUAUGAUAAAAUCAAAAUUAAAUCUUACAGAAUCAAAUCAUAGUAUAAUGGAAUCAGAGUAUGACCUAAAAUGCUCUAAAAGUAAAUUAAUUGAUUCGAGAAAGAUUUGUGAAGAUGACGAACAAUUUGAUAAGUAUGAAAAGCACAAAGAGGAAAUACCAAGAUUUGAUUAUUAUUAUGAAAAAAACACAAAUCAGCAUUUGAAUAAGAGUGAAAAUAUUACUAAAAAAAACAUUCCAGUUGAAUAUAAAAAAUUUAACACACAUGUAAGUAAUGAAGAAAAAAAUGUCAAUUUAUUGCGAGAAUUCCAAAAAAAUAUUAAGAAGAAAUGUGUAUUAAAGAAUUCAGAGGAGCAUGAGAAUGACUAUAAUAAAUCAAGACAUAAUUUGAAGAAAAUCAAUAAACAUAAUCAAAAUGAAAGAAGCAAAAAUUUCUCAGAAUAUAAUGAAUAUGAAGAAAAAAGUGUUGAAAUUUCCUUAAUGGAUAAUUCAGUGAAUCAUCACUUUGACUUAUCAAAUGAAAAAGACGAACAAAUUUUCGAUAAAUCUUAUAAUAAUUUAGAAUAUAGUUAUAAAGAUUUUACAAAAAAUGAUAAAAAUAAUUAUGAGUUAGAAUUUUCGUUUAAUCACAAAAUUGAUAACUACUUGAAUAUAAAUAGUAAAUUUACAAAAUCAAUAAAUAAUUUUCAAAAUUGCAUGAAUAAUUCUCAAAUAAGCACGUCUAAUAAUUACGAUUUAGAUAUGUCUAAUAACUCAUGCAAAAAUAUUAACAUACAUAAAUUAACCUUAGAAAAUGAUUCAAGUACUGAUUACUUUAAAAAAUUAUCAAUGAAAAAUAAUUAUGUCAAUAUUGAUUUGCAAAUAUCAUAUAUGGAAAAUGAUAUUCAAAGUAAAAUUAAAGAUUUUGAUAAUUUUUUAGGAAAAAAUUUUGAAAAUAAAUGUAAUGUAGUUCUUAAAAGAAUAGAAAAAUUACUUUCACAUGAUUUUUUUAAUGAAAAAUAG